ACAGAUAUCUAUUGCAAGCACUGAGACUUCAAUAACAAUAAAGUCAUGUCCCAAUGAUCGGAUUCGCGACCCAGAGAAAUUGAUUCGAUCUCGUGAGCCAUCACCUGGAUUUCAUGAACUUACUGGACUCCCAAAUAUGAAAGCCGUGUCCGUGUUCUUGUACCUGCUAUGCCUGGUAUCUCCGCCCGUCGCGGCUGACUCGGAUUCGAACACCAACUGUGAGUUUUGCGCCGGUCAUCACUCUAUACUCUAUCCUCUAGCCUCUAUUCUAUAUCAUCAUCGUACUAUACAUACUCUCCAUCGAGGUCAAGUGCUCACGGGUAAUAAAAAAGGUACCUCCAGCACAACGAUAACUUCGCAAGCCGAUGCCGAUAACCGUCUUUCCUCCUGCUCCACCAUCCACGGCACCUUGACCAUCUCCCCGUCCGUCACCGGCACCAUCACCCUCAAACAACUUGAGACGCUCAACGCAGGUCUCACCAUCCAAAAUGCCUCCGCGCUGACGGCUUUCUCCGCGGCGAACCUCGAAACCGUCAACGGACAGUUUUCCAUCAAGAAUAAUGCUCAAUUGAGCACCCUGACGCUGUCAAAUCUGCAAAAGGUCAGCGGAGAGCUGGAUGUCGAGGAUAAUUCCCAGCUCAGAGAUUUGGUGUUGGAUGAUUUGCAGUAUGUGAACGGAGCGUUGCUCCUGAGUGGGAAAUUCAAUCGAAUAUCAUUUAGCGACCUCAAGCAUGUCAAUGGCAAGACGAGUAUCCGGUCGCACGGUGGAUCAUUUCGCUGCUCGAGUUUGAACUCCCUCCGAAAUGAGGAUGAUGACGACGAUGACGAUGACGACAGCAACAAUAACAGCAACAGUAAUGGCGUGUUCAGGGGGUCUUAUAGCUGCUCCGACGGCUCCAGCAGCGGGCUUAGUUCGGGAGCCAAAGCGGGAAUUGCGAUCGGCGUGAUCGUGCUCGUGCUGCUGAUUUUCCUCCUCGUAUGGGUAUUAAUGCGUCGAGACCGAUCAAGACGCAAACGGCGGAACGCGGCCCAAGACGAGGACAAGUCUGAAUACACAGCUGUUGGAGUAGGGUUGUCGCAUGACCGCAAGAUCUCAAAUAUGGAAGAGAAACUGAAACCUCGAGUGUCGGAACCGCGUGAGCCCGAUCAGAUGAUCAACCUGAACAGUAUCCCACGGAAGCCACUCUCGCCGCCUCCACCAUCGUUGUCGAACGACACACAUCGCACAAUAUCAACAAUCUCGCCAUCUUCUCCCCCAGUACCGGCUGCUUUGAUUCCCGGCACAGAAAGCUCAUCCAGCUCUGUCCCGACAUCUGAUGACCAAAACGCGUUAUUCCUGCAUACCAUCCCCCGGCGGAGGCCAUCUGAAACGGACGUCCCAUUAUUGGAUAGUGGAAACGUGCAUGAAGUACCGGCCAGUCCGGUCGGGCAUAGAGGAUUGUAUGAGCUCGACGCUGGGCCCGUGCGAGGGACGCACCAGCAACCAAUCAACCACGAGUAAUUGGCGAAUUGUAGCGUACGACGGCGCGUCACGAAGCAUGAUUGACGAGACUUCCGGAAACUGUGGGUUAGCACGGCCCAACAAAUAUACCCUGAGAUAGCGGAACAUAACAAAACAACAGUCCAUCAUCUAACUGUACAAUUAGAUUGCAAUUGAGAGAUCGUAGCCAGACCGACUUGGGGUGCCCAAAAUGUAC